AUGCUGGAUCGUUCCUUUGCCUGCCCUGUGUAUUUCAUUGAGCAGUCAGACGACGUUCUCAAUGUUUACAACACGCUUCAGUCGAAAUCGGGAGUUCUGAGUCCAUCGAACAUCUACACGAUCAACGUGAAGUUCCCUCGCACCAAGUCUCCCCAUCCCCUCCCCGAGAUCCGCACCAUCGAAAGCGUCCUCGAAGGCCACAAAGAAGGCGUUUCGCCCUCCUCCCUUCCCACCAUUCUCCUCACCGCCAGCUACGAUUCCUUCUCCCUCGUUCCCUCCCUCGCCUCCGCGCAGACCGACGGCGCCGCCAGCACUGUCGCGCUUCUCGAGAUUCUCCGCAUGUUCCGCCGCCUCUACGACGACCAGAAAACCGCGGGCAGGUACGUGGCCCGCGCUCUCUUCCCUCCAGCUACAACCUUCUCUUCCUGCUCAGCGGCGGCGCGCACUUGGACUUCGAAGGCUUCCGCCAGUGGAUGA